AUGGCGUCGUGCAGCCGGUGGCGGCAGCUGCGGCUGCUGCUGUGGAAGAACUAUGUGCUGCAGAAGCGGCAUGCGCUCGUGACGUUCUUCGAGAUUGCGAUUCCGGCCGCGCUGUCGCUCGUCCUCAUCGUCAUUCGUCUGCUCGUCGCCAACGACUACAUCGAGAACGUGACGGAGUACGCAGCCUACGACAUCUCGCGCUUGCCGGACAACCUCACCAGACUCGACUUUGGCCAGUGGAAUGUCGCCUACGCUCCGAACGUCACCGCGGCGCGGGACGUCAUCGAAUUGGUCGAGAAACGACUCGGCGUCGUCGGCUUGCCGUUCGAAUCUGAGGCGUCACUUAUCAAGUACCUAGCCGAUGAAACACACUUGCCAUCGACGUUAGGGGGAGUUGUGUUCACGAGUCCUUUUCACGACAAUGUGACCUUUCCAGUCGAUAUAACGUACAAGAUCCGACUAAAGUCGUCUCCCCGCAACGUGCCGCUGUCGGCCCAGGAGAACCCUCUCGGCGGAGAUUCGCAGUGGCUCACUCAAUGGAACCUGCCAACGAUGGCGAGUCUGGGACCACGCGAGCCGUCCUACACCUGGGGUGGCAAUCCCGGCUACAUGAGGGAGGGCUUCCUGCCACUGCAGCAUGCCGUAAACUUGGCCAUUAUCGAAAAUCUCUCAGGAAAACCACCAGAUGGCGUGGACGUGCUGAUGAAGAGGUACCCGUACCCACCGUACAACGACGACAAGUUUGUGCUCAUCAUACAGAUGCAGCUUCCUGUGAUACUGAUGCUCAGCUUCGUCUUCUCCGUGCUGAGCAUAACGAGAGCGAUAGUGCACGAGAAGGAGAGGAAACUGAAGGAGAGCAUGAAGAUCAUGGGCCUCGACAGCUGGCUUCACUGGCUCGCCUGGUUCAUCGUCAGCUCUCUGCUGCUCUGCGCCAGCGCCGUCGUCAUGACGACGCUCUUCGUCGUUCCCGUCGGCGAGCACGGCAGCGUCGUCGGCCGCAGCGACCCGUCGGUCGUGCUCGCGUUCCUGCUCGUCUACGCCGUCGCCACCGUCUCCUUCUGCUGUCUCGUCAGCGUAUUCUUCUCGAAAGCAGAAAUACUGAUGCAGCAUGGCUUCAGGAUGGGUGCUACCCUAGGAGAGGGAGCAUACGCAUCCGUGAGGAAGGCAGAGUGGAUUUCAGAGGGAAAGCACCGUGUGCUGGCUUGCAAGAUCGUUGACUUGUCAAAGAUCAGUGCCAAGUCGGCCAAGGUGUUCCUUCCUCGUGAAAUGGAGAUCAUGAGAACUCUUAGACAUGAGAACAUUGUAAGAGUGUGCUCCGUGUUUGAGAUCCAGAAGGUUUUGUACAUCUUCAUGGAAUUGGCUGAAANACUCGGUUGA